GGGCGGGGCGGGGCGGGGGGAGCAGCGGCUGGGAGCGCGCGCGCUCGGAUCCCGGCGCGGCCAUGGGGGCAGCGGCUGCCGAGGCGAACCGGACGCUGUUCGUGGGGAACCUGGACCCCAAGGUCACCGAGGAGCUCAUCUUCGAGCUCUUCCACCAGGCGGGCCCCGUGAUCACCGUGAAGAUCCCCAAGGACCGGGAUGGGCGGCCCAAGCAGUUCGCCUUCGUCAAUUUCAAGCACGAGGAGUCGGUGCCGUACGGGCUGCGGCUGCUCAACGGGAUCAGGCUGUACGGGCGGCCCAUGCGCAUCCAGUUCCGAUCAGGGAGCAGCCACGCAGCCCAGGAUAUCAAUCCAUCCUGUUCCCAGCUCGGAGCUGCUGGCACCAACCCUCCUGGGAUGCCUCAUCCAGCAUCCAACUGCAGCAGGUAUGAGAGGGUUCCGGAUGGCCUGGCCGCACCGGGGCACCCGCCGAGCCUGCAGAGACAAGCGGUGAUGAACAGCGCGGCUCGGCAGCAGCCCCACUUCGGGGGGAAAUACGAGCAGCCCGGCUUUGCCCCUCCCGGCUACCCCCACUCCUUCCACGGCCCGCCGGGCUCCCCGGGGCCGCGGCGGCCGGAGGGGCCGGCGCCGCGCAAGGCCCGGCUGGGCGCCCACCCCUACGGCCCGGACAGCCGCCACUUCGGCCGCGAGCGCUUCGGCGACUGCGGCCCCGACUACGGGCGCGGCAAGCGCGACGAGUACGGCUUCGAGGAGAGGGGCCACGAGGCCGAGCACCACUACCGGGGCGGGCGCGAGGAGCACUACGAGGACAGGCACCGCGACAGCUGGAGCUACGAGCACCGCAGGGAGAGCUACCGAGAGCCCCGGUGGCACUCGGCGCGGCAUUGAUGGACUCGAGGGCAAAGCAAGCCUGGCUUGUUUCUCACGGAGUACUUGUAUAAAUCCCUCCCCCCCCCCCGAAAACCCCCAGCGAAGUCACCUUUUAGUGUUUGUAAAAAUACCAGCAGUGCAGUCCUGCCAAACUCUGGUGUCAGUAUUAAAUGUGUUAACGCACACUUCAGGGCUUUUCACGGGGUAAGAAAGCCACGGUGAAGUCUUGGAGAAGCCA